AUUGUUGCACUGUGAGGAGAGCCUUUGGCUGAGGUGGUGGCAGUGGCGGAGGCAGAAGUGCGAAACGUCUGCGGGAGGAGACAUGGCCAACAUUGCGGUGCAGCGAAUCAAGCGAGAGUUCAAGGAGAUGCUCAAGAGCGAGGAGACAAACAAAAAUCAAAUUAAAGUAGAUCUUGUAGAUGAGAACUUUACAGAACUAAGAGGAGAGAUAGCGGGACCGCCAGACACCCCGUAUGAAGGAGGAAGAUAUCAACUUGAGAUAAAAAUACCAGAAACGUACCCAUUUAGACCCCCUAAGGUGCGUUUUAUUACUAAAGUUUGGCAUCCUAAUAUUAGUUCUGUCACAGGGGCCAUUUGUUUGGAUAUUCUGAAAGAUCAAUGGGCAGCAACAAUGACUCUAAGGACAGUAUUGCUCUCAUUGCAAGCUUUAUUGGCAGCUGCAGAACCAGAUGAUCCACAAGAUGCAGUAGUAGCAAAUCAGUACAAACAGAAUCCAGAAAUGUUCCAAGAGACAGCUCAAUUUUGGGCACAUGUGUAUGCUGGAGCGCCACCUACUAGUCCAGAAUAUGCCAAAAAAAUAGAAAAUCUGUGUGCUAUGGGAUUUGAUAGGAAUGCAGUAAUAGUGGCCUUGUCUUCAAAAUCAUGGGAUGUAGAGACUGCAGUAGAAUUGCUUCUGAGUAACUGAGGCAUAGAGAGAAAGAUGCUGCUGUAGUCCAGUCUGCCCGCUUCUUCAGAAGCAUCACCAUCUGUUAUUUUUAGAAUUCUGCAUAGAUUCUUUUAAAACUGGUAUUGCUGCCUAAUUAUUAUCUCAGUAUGAUUGAAGACUGAAAAAAAAACCCUGCUCUGUAAAUAAAGCUAAUUAAAUAUCUGUGUGAAUGAAAAAAAGAAUAAUUGUUGAA